GUUUUUUCCCGACGUCACUUAACUCUUUCUUCAUCUUGUUCUCUCUGCCGUUCUCAUCCGCCCGCAACAAACCUCCACGGGCGCGUUCCGACUCUUCCCUAAACAAUUACCCAGCAACCCGAAAAUCAGGGGCCCCAUAGUCUGCCGGGCUUGUCCAGUUCCCACUCACUCUCGUCACUCCUCAGAUUGCUCACAGGAAAAGACUAAAGCGCCUCUUGCCGUCCCCAAUCUCCCUUCCGAUCAUGGCGUCCAGAUCCCCGACGGCCUUCACGCCCUUACCAAAACCGACCUCCGCGCCCGAGACCCCCGUCGUGAAGGACGCUCCCUUUACGCCUCAGGCGGUUCCUUUUCCUUCCCCGCAGACUUUCGACAUCAUCCCGCCUUUACACGGUCUUCUGCUUCGCCUGCUCGCAUCGCCCAGCAAUGCUGGCAAUGGCGUCAGGGCCGCGGAGGAUACCGGUGGAGGCUCGGCUUCCGUCGGACAACUCACCAGCGCUCCUGGUCAGCCUCACUCGCAACCCGGAACUGAUAAUCACGGCCAUCCUGGAGUGUUGGUGACUGUCCCAUCCGCAGGACCUGGCCCGGUUUCCGCGUCUGCGGAACUUGCAGCCUUGGGAUCGAAUGCACCCCCUCCACUUGAUAUCAAAGACCUUCCGACCGAGGUCAGCUCGAUCAAAAUUCGAAUUCAGAAGGCGCAGGCAGUGGUGGAAAGCUUACCGGAUGUUGAUCGCUCGGUCGCAGAGCAAGAGAUGGAGAUCCAAGAGCUCGAAGACCGUAUCGCCAAGCUCAAAUCAGUCAUCUCUGAAUUUGGCCGGAGAGCCAGUCCUCGGAGCGUGGGAAGAUCAAAGACCACUGAAUCUUGAGAGCACGGAGAUUUGGAUACAUGAUCAGCAGUGAUGGAGUAAGAUACCGUGAACCCGGUUAUUACCCAGCGGAGCAGGGCGCAUUUUCUGAAAGGCGACUGGAAUCAGGUAUGGCCAGUCUUCCUUGGUCACACCGGAGCAUCCAGGUACGGUUCAUGUUGAUUCUUGGAUUGAGUACUAUCAGAAGCUGGUAUCAGUAGCGGCAACACACUGCAA